AUGAAUACAUUCAGCCUCCAUCCAGCCGAUGUCCCUAGUACUCUCUACAGAGUCCAAUAUGAGGAUUCUAUGACGACCUAUGAUAUAUAUGAGGGGCUCGAGGCAGAUGAUACGGUUACGUUAUAUGAUGGUGAAGGGGACGAACAGGAAGAAGACGAUACUCUCCAAGAGUUUGGCGACGCAGUAGAGCAGCAUUUGAGCUGGGACCCUGGCUAUAGGAGCAUUUUUAUCUCGCUCUUUUCUCAGGGAAGACAUGCUGAAAAUUGGAUGCUGGAAAGGCAUACCCGUUUUGGCAGCAGAAACUGCACUCUCCUUCAGAUUAAUACGGCGGCUCUUCACGGCUUUUUUAUCUUCCGCGCCGAGGAGAUUGUUGAUGCACUUUCGUUGUCGAUAUCAGAAGCAGCCCAAGCGAGUGUUGCUAGGGAGUAUCUUAUUGCCCAUUAUAUACCCCCACGUGCUAUUAUAAGAAGUCAAACUGUCCAUGACAUUCUAGCAGGUAAGACCACGCCUUUCUCGGUAGAUUCUGAUGUGGCUUGGGGAGCCAAUAGUGCCAUGUCUCAGAAUCUUGGUCUUUAA